AGAAUCGAAAGAAUCACCCCUAGUUCCCCUAGUGAUCAAGCGUAUAUAACAGCACUGAUAAUGAUAAAGUUCCAAAACGUUGUUGGUGUCUAGAAACAAUCUGGACUAAAAUUUAUUUCCCCUUUUCAGCGAGGCGUUUACGAAGCAGAAAUCCUCAGAUCACUCAUCGAGAAUCCGAAGCAUUGCUGGCGGCAAUUACGGGACACACCGGACUGCCGGGCUUCCGCUUUCCAAUCAGAUCCGAAAGGGAAAUCGAACGCUUGGAGUUCGCCGUUCGCAACGAUAUGUACAUGUGGGACCACUACAUCGCUUUUCUACGUCACCUCAUGAGCCAGGAAGUGAGAACCCCGAUGCGAUGCAUCUUCCAGUCGGUGUUCUACGACGAAGCUCUGGUCAACUACAAUUACAACGGCAUUACAAACACACCGGGGGUUAAGAAACGAGCCAUGAAGGGCUAUGCCAUCUUCAGAGACUGUUUUCUUGUGGCCUGGCAGGAGUUCGGAGUCACCGAUGAUAUGAUUCGAGCUACGCUGACAGAAAUAAUUAAAAACAUCAACCGGAGAAAGCGCAACCGGCAUUAUCAAAAUAGGAUUCAGAAAAUGAGGAAACUUAAAAACUCAAAAGGUAUCAAACGAGAAAUACCGACUUCAUCUCUACUGUUUCCAUUAGUUGAUCCGCAAUCGGUCGCCCAAUUGGAGAAAUCUAUUCAAUCCGAUCCAAACAUCAGACGCAAAUAUAUAAAAUUUUUAAGACGCAUCAAAACUUCGCGCCAAAGUCUGGACGAUAUGUUUGGCAAAAUCUGCACCGACGACGCAAUCUUCCGACACUAUACCUGGGGCUUGCCGAAGAAUUCGCCCCACUAUCCGGCAAAGCGAGAGUCGCUGCAGUUCCACUCGAUGUUCACCGACUGUAUGCUAGAUGCUUGGGAGAGCCAUGGAAUAACUAUGAAUUAUCUGAAGAGCAAGAUGGCCAACAUCAUUAAACGAAUUUAUGUUCGGAACAACGUGCGCAAUUUUCGGGCAAAGCAAUACUUUCAUAAUAAUGGACAUUCAUUUCUGGGUCUGGAAUAAAAUUGCAUUUCCGGCCUCAUAAGCGUGUUUACUCAUUGAAUUCCAUAUACAAUCGUUUCAAUUCAAUUAAGGACUAUUAUUAGUAACAUUUUUAUUUUUAUUCUAUUUUUCGGCACAACAUAAGCUGGAUCGCACCGCAGAUUGGCGUAUCGUGGCGGGACGCCAAUGUCCGCGGCAGGGUUCAGUUUCCCCGUUAGCACUGAGCAAGCGAUAGAAGAUCUGGAAAUAACCGUUCGGAGCAGUCAAAGAUGUCGACAGCAAUAUGUGUCGUUCCUGCGCAAUAAAUUAACCUACGGUCAGACCGUGUUCCGAAUAUUUCAGCAAGUUUUUACCUACCAAGCUUUGGUUGGGUACUGCUGGACGAAGCGUUCCAAUUUGGAGCGGAAAUCCAUGAAAGAGUAUGAAAUUUUUACCAGUUGUAUGUUGGAUGCUUGGGAAUGUAAAGGUGUAACGGAGGAGACCCUUGCCAAAGAUAUCCGACAUGUGAUCAGGAACGUCAAUAUAUCGAAGCGGAAGCUCAGAAUUCGAAUGAAAAGGAAGUCAGCUUCUAGUACAAUGUCUACCACUAUCACAUGAACGUUCUUUAAAAAGUGAUUUAAUUUAUCGUAUGGCUAUUACUCGUGAUACAACUCUAUCAGUAUUUCAAAUCAGGAAUUGUUUAUAAUUGCUGUAAAACUUCUAAACCCAGCUAAUAUUCGAUAAUUCAUUAACCAUGGAGCAUAUUCUGGAGGGACGAUGUAUUCACCUAAUCUUAGAGUUUAGGAAGCUCUUUUGAGUAUUCUAGAGUUACAAGAAGCAGACUGUCAAAUAUUGAGAUAUUUUGGUAUUCUUUAGAAAACCGUGGGGUUCAGAGGUGUGUUCUGGGAAUCCGAAUAUAAUUCAUCGAUUUUCGUAAGAGACUGCAAUUCUGCGAAGAAUUAAGCUGGUUUGAUAAAAAUCAGGAAUUUGAUGAUAUCAGUACAUAUUAUGAUGAGAAUGAUUUGUAUGAAUUUCUUCUUAUCGUAUGGCCAACAAGAUCUCACACUUAGUGCGUAAAUUUGUGAAUAGUCAAUCAUUAUAACACAUAUAGGAUACAUGGUUUUGAACAAUCAUGAUUAACAACAUUUGCACUUGUUUCGUUCGAACUUAACCAUAUUAUUGAAAAGACGUUGAAUUAGUUAAACAAAUUUUAAAAAGAACUUUAUUUACCACAAUAAAUGAUCAUUUAAACGUUUAGAA